GUCCGCGCCUUUUCUUUCCGCCCCCAUCGGUCUUGAACGCCUCCUGACGUGCUCAGAGCUCAGGGCCGUGGCGCAGCACCAGGAAAUGGAGGCUCGGCUCCGCUGAUGAGUUUGUAGCUGCAGCGGCAGCAGCAGUAGCAGAACUGGGAGGAGAAACCAGCGAGAAACCAUUCAACAGGCGGCGACUCUCAGCGCUUUGAGGUUUCGUGCAUCAGCGGGUGAAGAUGAGCGACGCUAAUCAGCCCAAACUGGAACUUUUUGUGAAGGCGGGGAGUGAUGGUCAGAGCAUCGGCAACUGUCCCUUCUCCCAACGUCUCUUCAUGGUCCUGUGGCUGAAAGGAGUCACCUUUGAUGUUACCACAGUGGAUAUGAAGAGGAAGCCAGACAUCUUGAAGGACCUGGCCCCCGGUGCUCAGCCUCCCUUCCUGUUGUACGGCAGUGAGGUGAAAACUGACACCAACAAGAUCGAGGAGUUCCUGGAGGAAAAUCUCUGCCCUCCAAAGUAUCCCCGUCUGGCUGCUCGUAAUCCAGAAUCCAACACAGCGGGCAUGGACGUCUUCUCCAAAUUCUCCGCUUACGUCAAGAACUCAAACCCUCAGGCCAAUGAAAAUCUAGAGAAAGGCCUGCUGAAGGCUCUGAAGAAGCUGGAUGACUACCUUGGCUCUCCACUUCCUGACGAGAUUGACGAGAAUAGCGCCGAUGAGGUCACUUCCUCGUCCCGCCCUUUCCUGGACGGCCAAGAGCUUACUCUGGCUGACUGCAACUUGCUGCCUAAGCUUCACAUCGUGAAGGUGGUGUGUUUGAAAUACAGGAAAUUCAGCAUCCCUGAGUAUCUAACAAACCUGUGGAGGUACCUGAACGCCGCGUACGCCCGGGAGGAGUUCGCCUCCACCUGCCCGGUCGAUGAUGAGAUCCACAUGGCCUACUCCUCUGUAGCCAAAGCUCUCAAGUAGGAGGACAACAGGAUGCACAAGUCAUGAAUACACCAGCAGAACAACACAAAAGAAACAAACAAAUAAAAACACAUGUAGACACACCUUACAGACACACACUUACAUGCACACUUUCACACACUUAAAACUACAGCCUUGCUUGUGUACAAUUUCAGUAGAUCAGUAGAUGCUCACUGUAAAGUUGGAAAUGUUUAUGACAGUGGUUACAGUAUAUUCUUAAUUUUUUAUUUUUUAAAUUGUGGAGGGGUGAAUUCAACAGACACAAAGCUACCUACAAGAUCAGAUAUUCACUUGCACCUUGCAAGCCUCACACAAGCUGGUUCAACUCCUAUUUUCACUUUUGGUAUUAAGGAUUUUUUUUUUUUUUUUUUAAAGGUCACAAACAUGCAUAUCAGCGUCAGCUCACCUGCCAAAGUGUCUUUUGUGGUUUGCCUGUAAUCACAGAUGCUUCACAUUGUUGUUGAGUUUAUUCCUUCAUUGCAGAGGAAACAAGGCCUUGUACAGUUAAGGAUUACAUUUUUUUUUUUUUUUUUUUAAUCGAAGCCAACGUUUUGUUGAAACUUAGCAGAUUUUCAUAGCGCACCUCAGAGAGGAAGGGGGUGCAGGCGGGGCCUCAAAUUAGAGAGGUGGUCAUGAAAACAGUUACAGAGACAGGAAACUGUUUCAAUAGACUCUGGCUUCCUCUUUGUGCGCUCCCGCAGCAGGCGUGAAGGAUUAUUCAAGCUUACCAAGCUUAUUUUUGUGAUCCGCUGUAAGGGCCUCGUGCCAACAAUUGAUUUUGCUCUGCCUGUCAUGUGUAAAGGAUCUUUUUUCUUUAGUGUUGCAUAAAAGGAGGAGGUCAGGUUGUCGGUGUAUUGAAGUUGCUGUGAAGAGGUGAGGGCUGUUUGUUAAGUGCUACAGUGAAAGCACUUGUUCUGUCUCUUGCACUAGCUUGAAGCAUGACGCCAUCUGUUGCAUGUUUCUCAUGACUGGGGAAAAAAAAAACAGUAGGAAGUUUAAUGUAAACGUGCACAA